UCUCCCCCUCCCCUUUCUCAGGCAGAGUGGUGUUUUUGUUGUUGGUGAAAGGUGAGGGGAACAGCUGAUCUUCUGGUGGGAAACUACCAUAAUGCCUGAUGGGUAGUAAGAGUUUAACUCAUUGAAUUGAAUUAACGCCUCACUCCCUGGCAGGACUGAGAUAUCUAAGAAGGCAUCAUGGAGGAGUCUUUGCUCAGCCGAGCCCCACCCCGGGGUGGGGUCACCUUUCUCAAUGUGGCUAGGACCUAUAUCCCCAACACCAAGGUGGAAUGUCACUACACCCUACCCCCAGGCACUGUGGCCAAUGCCAGCGACUGGAUUGGCAUCUUCAAGACAGAGGCCUCCUCAGUCCGGGAUUAUCACACCUUUGUCUGGUGCGUGGUGCCUGAAGGUGCAGCCGAGGGCUCUGCUGUCCACUCCAGUGUCCAGUUCCAAGCCAGCUACCUGCCCAAGCCAGGUGCCCAGUUCUACCAGUUCCGCUAUGUAAACCGCCAAGGCCGAGUGUGCGGCCAGAGCUCCUCAUUUCAGUUUCGGGAACCAAGGCCCAUGGAUGAACUGGUGAUGCUGGAAGAAUCCGAAAGCGGUUCUGACAUCCUGCUUGUUGUCCCCAAGGCGACGGUGCUGCAGAACCAGCUUGAAGAAAGCCAGCAGGAACGGAAUGACCUGAUGAGACUGAAGCUGCAGCUGGAGGGGGAGGUGACAGAGCUGAAGAGCAGGAUACAUGAGCUGGAGACCACACUGCAGGUCACCAAGGAGGAGCAGGCCAAGCUGAUGGAGCAGUACAAGGGGCUCUCCCGUGCCCAUGGGGAGCUUAAAGAAGAGCGGGAUAUCCUGAGCAGACAACAAGGAGAUCAUGUGGCCCGGAUCCUGGAGCUGGAGGAUGACAUCCAUACCAUCAGUGAGAAGGUGCUGGAGAAGGAAGUGGAGCUGGACAGGGUCAAGGACACAGUGAAGGCAUUGACUCGGGAACAGGAGCAGCUCUUGGGGCAGCUGAAAGAAGAGCAAGCAGACAAGGAGCAGAGCCAGGCUGAGCUGCAGGCCUCACAACGGGAGUGCUGUCGCCUGAGUACAGACCUGGAGAAAGCCAAAAGCCGCCAGGGAGAGCAGGCCUCCCAGCUCCAGAGACUGCAGGAGGAUGUCACCCGCACUCAGAAUCUGCUGGAUGAGGCACAGCAUCGGAUCGCUGAACUGGAGCCCCUGAAAGAGCAGCUUCGGGGGACCCAGGAGCUCGCCGUCUCAAGCCAGCAAAAGGCCGCCCUGCUUGGGGAGGAGCUAGCCAGUGCAGCGAGUGCCCGAGACCGAACCAUGGCUGACUUCCACCGGAGCCGGCUCGAGGUAGCUGAGGCCAACAACAGGCUGGUGGAGCUGAGUCUGCAGUGGAGAGAGGACAAGAGCUCAUGGAGCAAGGAGCGGAUGGGGCUUCUGCAGAACGUGGAGGCAGAGAAGGAUAAGAUCCUGAAGCUGAGCGCUGAGGUCCUGCGCCUGGAGAAGGCCGUGCAGCAGGAGAGGACCCAGAGGCAAGAGCUCAAGGCUGACCUGGCUCGGGAGAGGGAUUCCAGUCUGGUGCAGUUGUCAGAAAGCAAGAGGGAGCUGACAGAGCUUCGGUCCACCCUUCGAGUGUUUCAGAAGGAAAAGGAGCAGCUGCAGGAGGAGAAGCAGGAGCUGCUCGAAUAUAUGAGGAAACUGGAGGCCCGCCUAGAAAAGGUGGCCGAUGAGAAGUGGAGCGAGGAUGCGGCCACUGAGGAUGAGGAGGCAACUCCCGGGCUGAGCUGCCCUGCAGCAGUUCUGACAGACUCAGAGGAUGAAUCCCCUGAGGACAUGAGGCUCCCUUCCUAUGGGUUGUGUGAUCGAGCAGGCCCUGGGUCUAAUCCCUCUGGACCCCGAGACACCCCCAGCCAUGUGGUCAUCAGCCAGCCAUCCCCCAUUGCUCCUCACAUGACAGCGCCCCCCGAUGACAGGAGCUCCGACUCAGAGGCAGAGGAUGAAAAGGCCGUGCUGAUGGCGGCGGUGCAGAGCGGCGGGGAGGAGGCCAGCCUGCUGCUUCCUGAGCUAGGCAGCGCCUUCUAUGACGUGGCCAGCACCAUCUUCCGUGGAGCCCAAAUUGUCUUGCACCCCCUCUCUCCUGCCCUUUCCCCCCCCCACGCUGGCAGUGGCUUUGUUGGGGGCCCCCUUUCUGAGGCCAGCCCAGGGGGCCCUGCCGCCCCACCUUGGAAGGAGUGUCCCAUAUGUAAGGAACAGUUUCCUGAGUGUGACAAGGAUGUCUUGGACGAACACGUGGAUGGACACUUCUUCUUCAGCACCCAGGAUCCUUUUACCUUUGAAUGAUGCACACACACACACACACACACACACACACACACACACACACACACACACACACGCAUGCACACACACGCACACAUUUUAUGGCAGACUGGUUUGCAAACCAGCAAGACCCCUAAGAAAUCCUCCACCCCGAUCCAUUUCUUCCUAGUCUGACCUUGAAACCACAACGAGGCUCCCUUGGGUAACACUGAUUGAAACGAGCACCUCCUCCCUCAACCAGACCAAACACCCCCACAACGGUUUGGGAGACAGACUGGAGGCUUGGGGGAAGCCCCCCUGCCCUUGAAAGUGAAGACUCUCCCUUCCUAGACCACCAUUGUUACCACCUGCCACCCUCCAACCUGCCUGGCUUCUGUGUCUGUGUUCCAAAGCCAACUCCUGGAGCACCCCCUCCUCCCACUGGUCCCCAUUUGAGGUUUCUAUCUGUUUUCCCAAGUUCUGCUGUCUCUGGGUUUGCAUGGAGGCAGGGAAAUUAACCUAAUGACUUCUUUACUCCCUUCCAGCUCUGGGCUUCAUCUCUUUCUCUUUCCUCACUCCCUUUCCCCAGCUUGUCCAUCUAUUAGACAUUAAGUUUUGUGGUUUCUUUGGAGGGUAAAGAGGGCCCCCCCCCAGCACCCAAUUCCAGCCCUUUUCUGGCAGUACCCUCCUACCCCACAUGGAAAGAAGAAUUCAUCUGUGCCUUUUGUGCUGGGGGAGGGGGGGAGUGUUGGAAGAGCAGCUGAAACCACGUUAUUUCCAUCUCCUGGCCUGUCUUCAUCCCGCUGGACAGCAAUAAGAUAUUCUUCCCCAAGAUCCUCCCUGUCACCACCACAUGUCUUCCCUCCCCGACCCCAAGCUGUGUAGCAUGGACAGAGAUAUUUAUAUGACAUGUACACUAUUCUAAUAAAAUGUGUUCUUACCACAA